CUUGGAGAAAGCAAAUCAGGUCUAAAUGCCAACUUUGAAGGACCACCACAAAACUAUGAAGAGUUGAAGCAACGACAUUUGAAUGCGGGAACGCUUUUUGAAGACAACACAUUUCCCGCUUCUGAUGCCUCCUUUUAUCUGCACGGCCGAGGGCAGCAACGUUUCAAAUGGCUGCGUCCUGGAGAAAUUGUUGACAGCCCUAAGUUUUUCAACGAAGGAGCAGAGCGAUUUGACGUUAACCAGGGAGAAAUUGGCAAUUGCUGGCUGUUGGCAGCCGUCGCCAAUUUGACCCUUCACAAAAAUCAUCUUGAGCGCGUUGUGCCUCAUGACCAAACAUUCGCCAAGGGUGAAUAUGCGGGCAUAUUUCACUUUCGUUUCUGGCAGUACGGCAAGUGGAUUGACGUAGUUGUGGACGAUCGCCUGCCAACUGUUAAUGGACGUUUGGUGUUGAUGCACUCGAAAGAGCGCAAUGAGUUUUGGUCAGCAUUGCUGGAGAAAGCCUACGCCAAGCUGCAUGGCAGUUACGAAUCCUUGAAGGGCGGAACGACAAGUGAGGCAAUGGAGGACUUUACUGGCGGCCUCACUGAGCAUUACGAAAUUCAAAGUGAAGAGUGUCCGUCCAAUCUGUUCACAAUUAUGCUGAAAGCACAUCAGCGUGGCUCCUUCAUGGGUUGCAGUAUUACCGCCGCUGAUUCAUCCCAAAUGGAGGCAGUACUCUCCAAUGGCCUCAUAAAGGGGCACGCCUACUCGAUCACUUCGGUGAAGCUAGUGCAAAUCAACCACCCGAAGAUGCAGGUACAGGGCAAGAUUCCUCUGAUUCGAAUCCGCAAUCCGUGGGGCAAUGAGGCCGAGUGGAAGGGCGCCUGGAGUGACCAAUCUCGUGAGUGGACAAUUGUUUCGGCGUCUGACAAGCGAAUACUCGGCCUUACCUUUGAUGCUGACGGUGAAUUUUGGAUGUCGUUUGCUGAUUUUAAGAAAAACUACACAAACAUUGAAAUCACCAACUUGACGCCCGAUUCACUGGAUGAGGACACCAAACGUCGGUGGGAGGUGAACUACUUCGAAGGACAGUGGAUUCCCGGUGUCAGCGCUGGUGGAUGCCGAAACAACCUUGACACGUUUCACAUGAAUCCACAGUACAUGAUUACGCUGGUAGACCACGAUGAAGACGACGGGGACGAUUUGUGCACUUGUGUGGUGGCGGUAAUGCAGAAGAAUCACCGAAUUAAGCGAAAGAUGGGUCUCGAUAACUUGACCAUUGGUUUUGCCAUCUACGAAGUAAAGGAAAACUCGCUUGGCGUGAGGUUAGUGGCAUUGAAUUUUUUCCGCUACAACGCAUCUGUGGAGCGAUCAGCAACUUUUAUAAAUCUUCGUGAAAUUAGCGGUCGCUUCCGUUUAAAACCGGGUCGUUACUGCAUAAUACCAUCAACUUUUGAGCCUAACCAAAAAGGAGACUUUAUGAUUAGGUUUUUCACUGAAAAGGCAGCCAAGAAUGUGCUUGAAAACGAUGAUGCUGUCAGUGCGGUUACCGGUGAAGAGGAUGACAACAAAGAGAAUGGGAAUGAAAUCUCAAAUGGCCCUGUCAUUGAUGAGCAAGUUAUUCGCGGUCAAGUGCUUCCUGACCCUGACCCAGUGCCGGAAGAGAAUGGAGCCAAUUCUAACAUGAACAUCUUCGAAAUGCUUAGCACAUGUCUAUCGCUUGCUAGUUUGGCUAGACAGUGGUACGAAGCGGUCAAUACCAAGCCCGAUGUG